CGUGAGAUGCUCCGCUAAGAAUGCAGUGACGUGGUAGAGUUCCGUCAGUGUAGCGGUGUCUGACAGCUAGACUGCGCGGGCCAGCAGCUUCCCUGCCCGGCUGAGAAAUCAGACAGGGGUCGGUCCAAGAGGAAAGACCCAGGAGAAGACACACGAGAAGGCGCGGACUGACAAACCCAGACGGGAGAGGUGAAGGCAGAUCAGAAUUUGUUUUUGUCUUUCCUUCGGGAAGCGGGGGGCAUCUUUUGGCAGUGACUGGACUCAGAGAGGAUAUUAUCUUUUUUCUGUAUUAUCUUUUUUAUGAUUUUUUCAGCUUUCCGAGCACCGAAAAGGACCAGUCGCACUCCUCGCUGCUGUCCUCCUUCCAGCGGAUCGGGGUCCGGGCAAAACGUGUCUGGAUGCUGUGGAGCUUCUCUUAUAUUUCUUACAUUAAAUUACACAUCUGGAAAGGGAGGAAAUUUUUGGUAAGAUUAGGAAACGAAAUGUUUAGUGAGGCAGAAGAGAGCUGUGGUGUGUAACGGACACGAGGAGCAGGGGAGGAGGACCAGAGAUCAGAAGCUGUGUGGAGCCCGUGGGGAUGAGGACAAGCAGGGACGCAGCAUAUCCAAGGUGUCGGUGUGAUUAGAGGGGACAGGAAGAGGCAUUAAAGCCCAGGUUGUUUACAGCCCAGGGGGGCGGAGAUGGCGGGUAAAGGCUCCCACCGCCAGCCGACCGCAGCGCUGUCAGCAGCAUGAGGAGGAGAUUAGACAGAGCUAACACAGAGGAGGUGACCCUUAUCAUAUCCUGAAGAAGACGAGACAGGGCAUGACACUGUGCUUGUCUGCAUUGCCAAAGAAGAGCCAGAGAAUCAUCGACUUCCCAGCUCCAUCAGGAGCCCUUUUAACACUGCUCCAAGUUGCAUUGAAGGGCUCAAACAUUCCCCUGACUCCACCAGGAGGCUCACUCCAACCCAUCUGCCAGCUCAGAUAACCCUCUGAUUGUUGGCAACCACAUGUUUGAGGUGACUGUCUGUAACCAUCGUCGCCUGUUACCAAGCAGCAGCAGCCUCCUGCGACCCCAAUCUGCACCAUGCAGUGGAGACGGCGGCACUGCUGUCCUAUCAAGAUGACCUGUACUGUCAAGCGUUCGCUCUUUCGGACCCAUGUGGCCGGCCUCCUCUCGCUGGCUCUGAUCUUCACCUUCUUCUUGUUUUUUAGCCACCAGGACUGGUUCCCGGGACGUAAUGGGCCUCGGGAAAGCCCACUGGCCUACACAGUCAGGGGUUUCCGCAGCCCCAAGGGAGACGCCAACCACAGCAGCCCCCUGAGGAGCCUGUGGAGGGAGACAAGAUAUGUAGCACCAAAGCCUCUCUUCAACCUCAGCUCUCAGCAAGUAGAGGGGGCGAAUGGAGAGGCAGGAGGAGGAGCCAGGAUGGGCGUAAUGGGGCUUGGGGACUCAAUGAGCACAAAUAACAGUUUACAGAAUGAGAUGGGUGUGGGAGGGAAGCUCAGUGCUCAGCCCUACCACUACAUACUCAAUGAGCCCUUCAAGUGCAGGGACAGCAUGCCAUUCCUCAUUCUUCUUAUUGCUGCAGAGCCCAUACAGGUUGAUGCCCGCAACGCCAUUCGCCAGACGUGGGGGAAUGAGAGUGUAGCAAUGGGCCUGGGAUUUGUCCGUCUCUUCCUGCUCGGCACAGGAAAGAGCUCAGACACCUUCCUCCAGAGCAGCAUAGAAGAAGAGAGCCGUGUAUACCACGACAUAAUCCAACAGGACUAUCAGGACACUUAUUACAACCUGACCAUCAAAACCCUGAUGGGCAUGAACUGGGUUGCCACCUACUGCCCACAUGCCUCUUAUGUGAUGAAGACAGACAGUGACAUGUUUGUCAAUACUGAAUAUCUCAUCCAAAAGCUGCUGAAGCCUGAGCUUCCUCCCAAGCUGAGGUACUUCACCGGCUACCUGAUGAGGGGCUAUGCACCAAACCGAAACAAGGACAGCAAGUGGUACAUGCCACCAGAGCUGUACCCAAGUGAGCGCUACCCGAUAUUUUGCUCAGGCACAGGGUACGUGUUCUCAGGGGACAUGGCUGAGCUGAUCUACCAGGCCUCUCUCAGCAUACGCAGGCUGCACUUGGAGGACGUUUAUGUGGGGAUCUGCCUGGCGAAGCUGCGCAUCGAACCAGUGCCCCCUCCUAAUGAGUUCCUUUUCAACCAUUGGCGGGUGUCUUACUCCAGUUGCAAGUACAGCCACCUGAUCACCUCACAUCAGUUCCACCCCAAUGAACUCAUCAAGUACUGGAAUCACUUGCAGAGCAACAAGCACAACGCCUGUAUCAACAUGACCAAGGAAAAGAAUGGAAGGUACAGACACCGAAAGUUCCACGGAGAGAGGCCUCCGUGAUGUAUCCUGUGACCACCACCCACCUCAGAAAAAAAAGGAAAUGGCUGCACUGUAACUACAGCUGGUGGGCGGUGGGGGCAGCUGAACUCAGCACUAUACACUAUAUGGGAAAAAGCACAUUGUUUUUGGUAUUGUGUAAAGUCGAUGAUACAAGCUAUUUUUUUAAUUUGAGAAAAAAAAAUUGUAAGCCUGUUGAGCUAUUUCUAAAAGGGAGAUCAGAGGACGUGUGUGUGAUGUGGAGCAGGCACAAAAAGUGCUGCAGCUCAAGAGUGGUUUUUAUGAUAAUUCAGGUGCCAACAGAAAGGUGGUAAUUCAUUCUACAGUUAAUACGAGGAUUCUCUUAAAAAGAACAGUACAGUAUGUUGAACUCUACAAAUCUAAAAAGAAAAAUUAAGACAAUAGUGUUUACACAGAAAAAGGGACGUGUUGUGUCAAAAGUUACACUACCUAAAUACGAAUGAAAGUAUCUUUGACGUUGACCAGUUAUGCUGCCCUGUUUCUCAGUGUUUACUUUACAGAUUUAUCAAAGAAAAUGACUCUAAAGAGGUUUAUCUGUCAUAUACUGUAUUUUAUUUAAAAAGAAAACCUACAUAAAAGCACUCAGAAUCACAUCAGAGAUGACUGAGAUUGUAUUUUUAAAGCUUUACAUUGAGUUUGACUCUGCACUUGAAUCAAUCAACUAUUAAAUGUACUGAAGUCA